AUGGAAAUGGAGGAGGAGGAGGAGGAGGAGGAGGAAGAGGAGAUAAAGAUGGAGGAGGACGAGGAGGAGGAUGGAGGAGGGGGAGGAGGUGGUGAAGAUGGAGGAGGAGGUGAUGAAGAUGGAGGAGGAGAAGAUGGAGAUCAGGAUGGAGGAAGAGAAGAUGGAGAUAAGGAUGGAGGAGGAGGAGGAGAUGAAGAUGGAGGAGGAGGAGGAGAUGAAGAUGGAGGAGGAGGAGGAGGAGUAGGCGUUGGAGAUAAGGAUGGGGAAGGAGGAGGUGGAGAUGGAGGAGGAGGUGGAAGAAAAGGAGGAGAAGGAGAUUAG